UCUCCUUUCAUUUAUAAUGCAUCACUGCCGAACAUGCAAAGUGCCUUUGGAUGAGCCACAAAAUAUCCCUGCAAAAGCCAGGAUGUCCUAUUGGUGUGGUUAAUUACAUUGGAUGCAGUCACAGUGGCACACAUUCCAGCCUAAAAUUAUGGAAAUCAUCCCACAGGUUUGCUCCACACAUCAGGAAAAGUGCAGCAGAAUGAUAGGUGUGUCAGAAAGUAUGUCACAUCUGCUUUUUCUGUAAAUCCGAGCAUCCAAUCAGAAGAAUUUUGCACUCCUUCAUAGAAGGCGACACAGACUUAUAUGCCCUGCAAGAUAUUUUAAUCACGUGAUCUCCGCUGCAAAUUCACCUCCUCCACCUCUGUUUUGACGCACAGAAAAUUCGCUGCUCCAUGCUCUUCUGAAACUGUAAUCAUAAAUGUGAUGAUUCUACCGCGUGUGGGAGGAGCUACUGUUCAAAGCUCUCAGUCUCAUCACUAUAUGGGAGCUUUGACUGUAUGUCUGUAUAUCUCAUACAGUCAAUGCAUGGAAGACAUGGAUGAGGCUGAGAGAUCAGGUUUAUCUAAUUUGAAGAGCUCCACAAAAGCGUCUGUAAUCAUGUCUCCAUGUCUGGGGGUCAUGAGAUCAUUUAGAGACUCACCCAGUACGAUGAGCUUCACCAUCUACUGCUGGAGCUGCAUUUGGGUGACGGUUGCUUUCAGCGGUACUCCCAUCUCUCUGUGACCAAGUUUGCAGUUUUACAUUAGUCCCAGGAGGAAAAAAAAAUCUAUUAAAUUAAAGGAACUUAGUAAGAUUUUCCUCAUUCAAAUUAGAAACAUAUGAUAAAGUUUAGGAGGAGAAAGAUCCACUCCAACAUGUUGGUUUUGGACUCCACCUGCUGAUCACGUCGUCAGCACCUCAUAGGCCGAAGCUCUUGAUUGAUCGACACGAUGCUUCUUCUUCACCAAAGUUCAGAUAUUUAAACUGUUGACAUGCUGGGAUGCCCAAAUCAUGACACGACGCCCGACGCUCAAAACAGGCCGCUGGACCUCCGAUAGUGAUGUACAUCGACUUCACAUUAAAACUGGAUGCCCCAGACAUGCUAAUUGCAUUCUAUGUAAUUACAGGUCAAGUCAUUAGGUAAAAAAAUUAUAAUAUAUAUAUACAUAUAAAUAUGUAUAUAUACACACACACAUAUGAACGCAAGUAUGCAUUACGUGACUUCACAAAGCAUUCAUGCAAACUGACAUUUAAAGUAAAAACAUGACAUUCAGAUCUACUGCAGCGAGGUCAGAAUGUCACAGGGAAUGGCAUUAAUACAGAAGGCUCUCUGCAUUAUCCUCGCCCAAAAAUAUUACACUACCUGUAAGAACAAGACAAAAAAAAGCAUCACUUGAUGUUUUCAGCCUGUGAAAAUGUGUUAAGCUGUGUGAGAGUCAGAGUGAAAUGUUGGCAAAUGGCACAAACAUGCAGGCAGAAACACACACUUGCAUAAUUUUACAAACUGAUCUCACAUAAAAUGUGGCGUGCAGCAAAAACAUUUGGCGUGAUUUGACCUGAUUUCCAAUGACGGGACAUUCUUUAGUAUCUAAACACACAUGCGCACACGUAUGCACACCACUUUGUCCUGCUCUCAUUCUCCUUCAAGCUUCUCCAUUGUUCACCAGCACUGAAACCCACCGAGCUUCUCAUCUUCUCUCUUUCCAUCUCUACACAUUUUUGACAGCAGCCGGGCGAAUCAAAGCUCCCACUCUCUCAUGCAGACGGAGCGUGCUUUAUUACCCGCACAAGUGGAGGCAUCGUGCCGCAGUUUGCUAAAACUAAUGUGGCUUUAGUAACACACCGCUGCCCGAUCAAAUUAGUUUGCUUAUUGUUGUGUUUCAUAGCGUUCCUGUGAAGACUACUAUUCAAAGAAAUCUUGAGAUUAGCUGUGAGGCAUGAUGUCAUUAGGAUCGUCCUUCACAUUGCUUCAUUAUGAGUGUCUGCAUUUGCUGUCUCGUCAGACUCAUCUGUGAAUUUGGGAGCAUUACCAUCAACGAUGAGCACUUAACCUGCACAGAAAACCGCACUGCAGCAGCGUUUUCUCCGUCUGUCUGUUCCCUCCAAAUAAUCUUCCCGCGCUGCAUCCCUCUCUCCUCCAUCAUUGUAUUCUCCAUUAUGUGCUUCGAGAAAAUAUUUUGUUCUUUUGCCUACAAACAAUUACAAAGCAGAAUGAAUGCUUGCCUCGUUGCCCUUCUGGAGCAGAGCUUACAGCAAAGCAUCGGUAUUCAUCUUUGCGUCUAUGUGUGGGGGGUUAAAAAGAAAGGAAAAAAAAUCAGAGCAGCAGUGAGGAAGGAGAAUGAAAGCAUUGCGUCAUGGGGGUGUGUUUGAGCAGGAGGAGGAUGAGCCGGUUAUCAGUCAGUGACGCCAGUCGCACACGUGUGUUGGCUGUGGCUGGGAGGACAUUAGACAGUGCUAACCUGUCUGAGGAGAGCUGAGGAGGAAGCCGCAGUUCCCCUGCGCUGACCAAAGGCAGGCGUUCAUGUGUGUGUGUGUGUGUGUUUGUGUGAGGCUGCAUGAGCUGCAACCAGAGUGGCUGGUGAAUAAUGCAGACAGGGGAACCGAGUUUGAGUAACAUGCACCAAGCCGGUUUAAUAAUGCAUUGUGCCGGUAACAAGCUCUGCGUUAGUUAGUCGUUCUGGAACCUGUAGCUGCUUACCGCCUGCCUGACAGCCUUUCCGCCUGACUGCUGGACUCCUGGUCAACUCAGAAGAUGUCUCACUACCAUUUUAUUAAAUGUUGUUGUUUCCAACUAUGUAACGUCUUCCGCCAGAACAUGGAGAUCGACCAGUGUCUGCUGGAGUCUCUCCCCACUGGCCAGCGCCAGCGGCUGGUCAGAAGGAUGCGCUGUGACCAAAUCCGAGCGUACUACGAGAGAGAGAGGAGCCUCCAGAGGCAGCAAGCUGGAACCAAAGUUCGAGCUCCAGCCACUCUUUGCAAGAGGAACCGUGUCCGCUUCAGACCUGCUGAUGUUUUACAGGACGCCAUCAUACAUCAUCAUGACAAAGAAGUGCUGAGGCUCCUGAAGGAGGGGGCAGACUUCAACACCUCUAUUUCCUCUGAGGGAUCCCUGCUCCACCUGUGCGCCCGCCAUGACAAUGUGUUUGCAGCAGAGCUACUGAUCGAGCGGGGCCUGAAUGUCAACCGGCAGGAUGAAGACCUUUGGACAGCUCUGCACGUCGCGUGUGCGUGUGACCAUGCAGACACAGUGCUGCUGUUGUUGAUGGCUGGGGCCAACAUUCUGCUGCAGGACGUCAAUGGAAACAUUCCUCUGGAUUAUGCCUCCGAGGGGACAGAGACCAGAUACAUCCUCCAAAAAUAUUUGGAAGAAAAUGGUGUAGAUGUGACUUCAUUGCACACCAUGAAGACACAGAGGCCCAACACCAUGUUGGCUGAUGUGAAACAGCUUGUAGCCUCUGGGGGGAGCUUGAAUUUGCCCAAUGAGGAGGGGGUCACAUUGCUCCACAUUGCGUGCGCCAGCGGUUACCGGGAGGUGGUGUCUGUGUUACUGAAGAACGGAGCGGACCCUCAUCCUGCUGACUGCAACUUUUGGACCCCCCUCCAUUUGGCGGCUAGAUUUGGACAGACCAGCAUCGUUAACCAGCUUGUAAAGCACGGAGCCGACCCAACUUUACUGAACUGCAACCAAGACAAACCAUCCGAUGUCGCCGUGUCAGAGCACAUAGCAACCAUCCUGCUGGACGCAGAGGAGAGCUGGCUCCAGAGGCUGAAAGACCCGUCUACCCCUGUGCCGCGCACUGACCACAGCUACGAUGGCGGGUCUUACGACAUCGACACCCCCCUCAAAAGCCUGAACCCCCUGGGUGUUUCCAUUUCUAAGCGGGACAGUUUUCUGGAGAAGUGCACCAUGUUCAGGGAGGCGGGAGGUGCCUUGAGUCGACACCCCUCUCAGGAUAACGGCCUGGAUGGCCCCUUAAACUCUGGACCCAGUAAACUGGAGCAGGUCAAGCUGAUGCCUCCAGCUCCAAACGAUGAUCUGGCAUCUCUCAGUGAGCUGACGGACAGCAGUCUCCUCUACGAGAUGCAGAAACGCUUCAGCAACGACCAAAUCUACACUUACAUCGGACACAUCCUUCUUCUAAUAAAUCCAAACAAAGAACUGCCCAUCUAUUCCACUCUGGUGAGUCAGCUGUACCUGAGCUCCACCGGUCGUCUCUGCUCCUCUCUGCCUCCUCAUAUCUUCUCCUCGGCAGAGAGAGCUUUCCACAUGAUGCUGCAGGAGAGGCGGCCGCAGUGUUUUAUCCUGAGCGGUGAAAGCGGAUCUGGGAAAAGCGAAGCUUGUAAGCACAUCGUGAGACACCUCACAGCCCGCUCCUGCUCCAAAGGCUUUGUGUUGGAGCCCAGAAUGAAACAUGUGAACUGCAUUCUGGAGGCUUUUGGUCAUGCUAAAACUCCCAGGAAUGACAACUCGAGCCGCUUCAUCAAGCUGUUGACCGUCCAGUACUGUGAGAAGAGGGAGACCAUGCUCAGUGCUCAUGUCUGCACCUACAUGCUGGAGAAGUCCCGCCUGGUCCAUCUCCUCCCCCAGCAACACAACUUCAGAAUCUUCUACCUGAUGGCCGAAGGCCUUUCACCUGAGGAGAAGAGCGUGCUUUACAUGAACAAUGUGCUGGCUCACAGGUAUCUCAGUGGAGGCGUUCCAAAAGAGGUCGCUCCUGUAGCCACAGCUUCUGCUCAGAGCAGAGAACAUCUGGCUGCUGUCAGACAAUCCCUGAGAGCUCUGGGUUUCAACAAGCAGGAGGUGGAGUCGGUCUUCAUGCUGUUGUCUGCUGUCCUCCAUAUUGGAGACCUGAGUUUCACCACACUGACAGAUGCUAAUACAGCAUUCCCCUCUGACUUGCAGCUCCUGGAGAGAGUUGCCGCAUUACUGCAAGUGUCCUCCGGCGAUUUGGGCGCUGCCCUCACCUCUGAUGUUCAGUACAUUAAAGGUAAUUUGAUGACCCGACAUCACACAGUAGAGAUGUCAGAGCUGUACAGAGAUCUGCUUGCUAAAGCCAUCUAUGGGCGACUCUUCAGCUAUCUAGUCAACUGUAUCAACGAAUACUUGCAGGGACAAGACGACAGUCCUGGCAAUCCUUCCAUGGAAAUUGGAAUCUUGGACAUUUUGGGGUUUGAAGAGUUUCAGAAGAAUGGAUUUGAGCAGCUGUGCGUGAACAUGACCAACGAGCGGCUGAGGCAGCACGUCUCUGAGGUGCUGUUCCGGCAGGAGCAGGCGGAGUGCAUUCAAGAGGGCAUUUCCAUGGAGAUGCCCUGCUCCCCCAGCAACCACCCCGCCGUUGUGGACUUCUUUCUGCAGAAGCCCCAGGGACUGCUGUGUGUGCUGGAUGAGGAGAGUCAGAGCUUACGGCCCGCGGAGCAGACCCUCUUCAAGAGGCUGUCGGCCCAGCUGGACUCUACUCCCCUCCACGGCCUCUCCAUCACCACCAAGGAUGGAAACGGCAACCCGCCUCCAAAAGACCAAGGCCCGGCCUUCAUUGUCAGCCACUAUGCAGCGCAGGUGUCAUAUGACCUGACGGGAUCGCUGGCAAAAAACAAGGAUUCUCUUCCUCAGAAUCUCCUGUUUACGAUGAAGUCCAGUGAAAGUGUGUUACUGCAGCAGCUCUUCCAGUCCAAGCUGACUCAGACCGGUUCUCUGGUGCUGUCAGCCCCGGGCCGCUUGGGCCUGAGAGGCUCUAAGGCAGCGUUGUUGCUCCACAAAAUGCCAACCACCGCCCUUGUCAAUGCCACUGCAUCCAUCCCCCGACAGCCACGGAGAUACCAAGAUCUUUCAAAGAUUCUAAAGAAAAAGGGUUCGAGUUCUUUUGUGCAGCGGCUGGAGCGCUGUGGGCCCGUCACGGCGGCUGUACAGCUCAGGAACUCCCUUGCAGAAGUGAUGUGUAAACUGCAGUCUUGCACUCCUCAUUAUGUGGAGUGCGUGCGCCCCAAUCCCAGCGGUCAGUCAGACAACUUUGACAGCUUCCACGUGUCGACACAACUGCAGUACAUCGGUGUGCUGGACAUGGUGCGCAUGAUCCGUUAUGGAUACCCCGUCCGCCUGUCCUUUACAGCCUUCCUCAGCAGAUAUAAAGAUCUCGCCGUCCCGACUUUGGGAGAUAAAAAAAAGCUGUCGGCCGAGGAUAGAUGUCGGUGUGUUCUGCAGCAGUCAAAGCUCCAAGGAUGGCAGAUUGGCACCAGCAAAGUGUUUCUGAGAUAUUGGCAGGCAGACCAGCUCAAUGACCGCUGCUACCAGUUUCAUAAAAAGAUCAUCACCUGUCAGAAGGUGAUCCGAGGCUGGCUGGCCAGACAGCUAGUUCGUCGCAAGCUCUCACUACACCACAAAGAGGACUGCAGCGUGCAGCGCUUCCUGCAGGGAGCAGAAGACAUGGGCCUGCAAACUUAUGACCAGCUUGUCAUCCAAAAUGCCGCAGACAUUGCACGAGAGAGCGACCGUCUGCGCAGCCAAGGCAGAAGCACGGUUAGCAUAGGUGGCAGCAGUCCACCACUCGGUGAGAGGCCGGAACCGGUGGGCAAGGAGGAGGAUCAGCCAGUCAGGAGGAUGGUGGAGAAGAGCGGAAAGGUCAACGAGGGCCACGCUAACACGGGAUGUCGACUUAUUCGCCACUUCCGCUCCAGCUCUGGGCCAACCCCCCUCGCCAUGGACAACAUGGUUCAUUUCACAGCCAGUCCACCCAUCAAACCUGCCUUGCAGCAAGUAGUGACCCAAAGCAGCGAUGAUGGAGCAGGCAGCAUCAAUCUCUCCUCUCCUCGAAAGCAGCCUCCUCCCAAGCCCAAGAGGGACCCCAACACCCGUUUGAGCGCCUCUUAUGAAGCAGUCAGUGCUGGGUUGACAUUGGCUGCCAAGGAAAGCUCAACCCCUGAGGGGUAUGCCUCACCAUCUGGAAGUCCUCCUAAAUCCCAGCUAUCUCCCACUGACCCAGCAGCUUCAAAGCCCCGCCCUCAUAGUGAUGACUACACAACAAUGCGAAAAGUACCACCACCCAAACCAAAGCGCAGCCCUAACACAAAACUGACUGGCUCGUACGAGGAGAUUAACGCUGUAGCAUCCCAACUCCACCAGCUGCGCCCUGCUGAUGUAAAGCUGGCCCUGCUUUCUCGUGGUGGGGGAUUUGGAGGCUUGAUGCAGAGAGCUGCCUCUCUGGAUGCUCCUCAAGGAGUGGCUUUGAGCCUGUACAAGAACCAUGACGAGGAGGACAUUUACAUAGAAAUGAUGGGAUCUCAGCCGCGGGCUCGUAGUCUCCAGGAGCCCCCUGACAGCCCAGACAUGGCAGACUCGGAGGCUGUAUACGAAGAGAUGAAGUACCUUCCUGCUGAAGAAAAUGGAACUGCUGCAGUUACCAAAGCAGCCAGGCUUGAGGCUUUAACUUUGGGUUUGGUGGGACUGGGAACAUCUCCUCAGAGAACGGAGACCAAACGAACAGUGGUUGGGGGGACUUCUUUAGGGGACGUAGCUCAGAACACAUCUAAUGCUGGAACUUCCAAAAGUCAAUCUGGGAAAGAGGGCAACUGUGAAAUUCCUGCUCCUUUCCCCAACUUGCUUCCUCACCGCCCACCUCUCUUGGUGUUUCCACCUUCUCCGGUCACCUGUUCUCCUGCCUCAGAUGAGUCUCCGCUCACCCCAUUAGAGGUCAAAAAGCUGCCAGUAUUUGAGACAAGCUUGAACUAUGCCACUGGCCCAGAUAGCCCCCUGUCCCCACAGUUUAUCCGGCAGAGAGCUGACUCCUCUCCAAGCCUCACAGUCCUUAUGCCAGAAAAGAAGUCUACACCUCCACUCACUCCUCCACCACAACCUCCUCCUCCAAGUGCCCUUCCUCCUCCCUACAGACCUCCUUCCCACUUUCCCUUCCCACCUGAAGCCAGCUUCCUUGCACAGAAUCGAGCGGCAUCGAUCCCCAGCUGCUCAGAUUCCCCCAAAACAUCCUCACAAAGGCCAUGUGGGGAGCCCCUGGGGAAGCCACCACCCUAUUCUCCCGUGAAGGCGUCUCGACCUGAGCCAAGAAGAGCCCACUCCUGUUCCUCCUCCCCCCUUCUAUUUAACCCAGCCAAUGGGAGACCCCUGACUAGCCCCUUGGAUGAACUCAACACUCUUUUCAGCUCUGGACGCAGCCUACUGAGAAAAUCCACAUCUGGACGCAAAUCCAGAGACGGAGGUUUCAACUCCAAUAUCAAUCUGCCAGGAAGAGAAGAAUGUGGCUCUGCACCCACCUCCCCAUCUUUGCUGCAGGACAAGAAUGCCAACAACCACUCUCUCCACUCCCCAAGCCCCAUCACCAUAGAAAAUGGCAAUCAGAUCUCAAACGGGUCACUGGAGGAUGAGAGUCACAGCAAGUCAAACUCCAGCACUUCUCUGCACCGACACAUGGACAGCCACCACACUCAGCAGGUGUUCCAGAGGCUACGUCUGUCCAACGGAGAUGAGAGUGCCGCCCUGAGGGAGCUUCUGAACUGGCGGCGAGCGCAGUGUGAGGGGCGGACUGACUGGAGGCGUCGGGCAUCUCAGUCCCCACCUCUGCCCCCCACACUACUCUGGACCAACAGGAAGGCCUCUCCGUGACCGAGGUCGUGUUUUACCAUCCCGCCUAUGGCCGACGGCGCUCCCCCGUCCCUUCGUCCUCAGCCAAACUUGCACUUGCUCUUAAUGGGUUACUUUUUUUGUUUAUUUUAUGUUUUAUUUAAAUUUGGGACAGUGACUUCAGCUCUAAUGGACAAUGCUGCAGCUUCAAGCCCAAAAGAAUCAACCUCUCGUCUUUGCACUUGACUGUGGAGGUUACCCCAACAGAAAUGACAGAAACCCAGCGUGUCAUUUUGAUAUGACAGUGUGGCAUUUAAUUACUUUUAAAUCAAGCCAACAGAAUCAUACACGAUCACUCUUCUGUCCAUUCACAGGGCAGAAAUGCGCCCUUACUCCCACAGUCUGUCAACAUACAGGUGUAUUAUGUGCUCAUAUCAUGUUUACAGAUCAGGUUUUUUCUAUGUUGGCGUUUACAUGAUUUAGAAUCUAAUUAAAUGCCAAAUGGGGAUGAGGAUUGUGUGAAAAAAAAAUGUAACAACUCCCUCCCACAAUGAGUGUUGUGUUUGGAUCAAGUACUGUAUUAACAAAAGAGACAAAUGGAAGUUAAGAAUCCCACCCAAGUAUUUAUUUCAUCCCCUGUGUGGUAAAGGUGAAGAUCUUUGAGUUUAAGAGCAACACAGCUGCAUUCUGUAUGGCUGAUGAUGAAUGAAUAUCCUUUUCUUCUCUAUGUCAUGAUGCCCUGCUGAAUUAUCCUCUUAAGAUGCGGUGCUGAAAAUACCUGACGUGCUGCCCUGUGAUGUCUCCACGAGCUUAAGCGUGUGCACAGGAUUGUCAGACACCUGAUGUUUACAACCAACGCCUUGAAAAACCUUCAGGUUCUUACAGUCAGGCUCGGAAAGGGGAUCACCUAACAACUCAUGUUUGGGCCCUAAGUGCCGUCCUGGCAGAGAGGGAACAGGGGUCAAGGUGACCUCGCCAUCAUAUCAAGGUGCAUUUCCUCUGGUGUUUUCACCAGCCUUUGAGGAACAAGUCCCUGUGGCCAAUGUACAAACCAAUGUACUCAUCUUUAAGAAAACGUCAAAAUAUAAUGCUGAGAAAUCAGAGCAUGGACAGGGCGGUGUGAAGUUCUUGAGGUAAACUCUGUGCCAAAGUGAAAAAACAGAUUCAGACAUAGCGUUUGAUGCAGAAGGGUCUGGGACAAAAAAACACCAAAUUAUAGAAUUUACCACAAAUUAGUGGUGAUUCUAUGAGCACCCAAGCAGUUCACACGUCAGUAGAAAGACAAUCUACUUGUCCAAAAUAGAAACCUCAUUGUCAUUUGUCAAUAGCUGGUCAAGUUUGUGUGUUUGUUGUCGUUCAGGAGAUUUCACACAGUCGGACUUGAACACUGUACUGAUCCUUCCACUGUGGUCUCUUCCUUCCCUCUUUUACCACACCAAACUGAACUUCUGAUAGAUUCCCUUGGUGGAGGAAACCCAUUGUAGUUUGUUUCCAAUGUUGACCACAAUGUAAAUAGUGACCGAUGUUAAAGUCUGCAUUUAUUAUCGAAGAAAAGCACAGAAAAUUGAAAAUAGCAAAAGGAAGAGUUGAGAUAAUGCUGUCUAUAAGGGUAAAACUGAAUUUUAAGAAUGUUUUGGGUUUGAUGCAAUGACUAAGUAACAAAAAAGAUGUUUAUUUUAAAAUGUGAACAUGUUGGUUUUUAUUUUUAGAGUGACAUGUGUGUGAAAUUCUUACUCUAUUUAAUAUUAUGUGUUAAUUUUUGUCUCAAUUUUCAUUUCCUCUGAUGCAAGCCAGGUGUUUCCAAUGUGCCCGGCUCUUUUAUUGCACAACAUUUAUGUGUUGUUGACCUCAGCAAUGGACUAGUAGUGUCUUUGCAAACCAAUCUGGGAGGAUUUGGCUUCUAUUGUUGGAACAGAAAAUAUCAAUAACCCCAAAUGAUUCCUCAUUUCCCCAAUCUAUCUGAUUGAUCAAACCUUACAAAUUAGCAGCCCUGUUGCAAGAUCAAUAUAAGCUGUUGUCUGCAUGUGAAGAUGCGCAAAAAAAGAAAUAACCAGUGAUGUUCAUAUCAGAGAUGUUGCACUUGCUGAGCAGCAUUUUUGAAGGACUUGAUGCAAGCUUUAAUUUCAAAACAUAUGUGCAUUGCUAAAAUCGUUUUGUAGCGUAUCUUUGAGUCAUGCUUUUGUAUCCAACACUACAUAAUGUGAAUCAUGUCUUCAGAAGAUAUAUAUGCACUUCAUUUUUCAAAAAGAUGAAUAUCAACAAAGCAACAGUUCUGCAAUCCGUGUCUUGUGUACAUAGAGCACUGCCUUGGUUCUGUAACUGAGAAUCAACUCUGUUUUUUGAAGGAUUUUAGCCUAAAGGUAUGGUUUCAGUAUUUGUACUGAAGCUAAAAAAGAGGAACCCUUUUCAAACUCAUUCGACACAGCAGUUGUGUUUUCUGCACAGCCACACUCAGAAGUAAAAUGUUGGAUUUGUAAACAGCAUUUAUUCAUUAGUCUAAAAAUAACCUGACCAAGAUCCCAUAGCUGGGAAAUGUUACUUUUUGUUUGUUUGUAAUGGACUUUGUUGCAAACAUUAAAAAAAACUAUUGACCACAGCCAAGUAAAGCUGCUUUUAGACAUCAGUUUAAAAAUUACUGUAGCCAACUACUAUUAGUCAGUUUUGCUUUAACCCUUAAACACCGGAGAUGUCACCAACGACACCUAAACAACACACUUUGGCAUACCGUAACUCUUUGAUCGUUCAUGUCAUCAACGUGAAUAAGCCGAUUCUGGCGCCACUUAUUUCCUCCCACUGUCCAAAAACAUGCUUCAUAGGUUAACUGGUUACUCUAAUUUGUCCUUAGGUGUGAAUGUCAGAGUGCAUGGGUGUGUGAUUGUGGCCCUGCGACAUACUGGCCACCUGUCCUGGAUGUCCCUUCCUUUGCCCACGAGUGGCCAGGAUAGGCUCCAGCAACCCUGUGACCCUGAAAGUGACAAAGCGGAAUAUGAAUGAAUGAAUGAAUAAAUGCAUGUGUAAGCACCUCACUACUUUAAAGAGUGGCAUAGUCUACUUGUCUCCGCUUUGGAAUCUGCUGGAAUUAUGUUAAUUGCAUAAAUGGUUGAGGAGAUACGGUAGCAGAAAGAAUGUCAACACUGGAGCUAAAGCUCCGGGGUAAAAGGGUUAAGCUACCUGCACUCUUUGCAGUGACAAAGCUACACUUUUCCAUGUUACAUUUAAGUAGCAAAUCCUAUAAAGUACACAAUAUGACAAAACAGAAAUCACAUUUGAGUUUACUGUACAGUUGUCCCUCGUUUAUUGCAGGGGUUACAUUCUAAAGAUAACUAGAUAAAAUCUGCAGAGUAGGAUUAUAGUUGUCUUAGGGCUGGAAAGCCCCACACUACACACAUUUCUCAGACAGACAUGAACAUUUUCACACUUUCCUCUCUAGUUUAAACUCCCAAAGUUCAAACCUCCAUACAAAAAUAAGUCCAGUACUUCAGAAUAAACAAAGAUCUGCUCGUGUUUGAAGAUUUUGGCAAACUGAACGCAUUCUACACCGGAGACACUGCACGAAGAAGAUUGAUGAAGAAGGUCAGCUGCCAAUCAAGACGAAGAACACAAUACGCUGUUUAAAAAAAAAAGCCUGCAAAAUAAUCAGCAAAAGGUGAACCGCCAUGUAGCGUGAGACCACUGUACAGGAGAAGGCAUACAUUUCAUAUAUUUCUCAUGACAGGAAGUUGCAAAUAUUGCUAAUAUUCUAUCAGCAAGCAGAAAAUCUAACCUUGAAAAAGGUAAAUAAACUGUAUGAUUCGUUAAUUUGAUUUACAUAAAUAAAAGCUUAGAAAAAUUACCAAUUAAGGCAAGACAACCCUUUUUUUAAUCUAGCAUUAGCCAGCAUUAAGUUUAAAACAAACUGUAAAACAAGAAAGAAAAUUAAAAAUUGUAGAGUAAUCACUAAUAUUUGACUAACUUUACCACCUCUAAUACAAAAGCAGCAUUUGUUAUUCAUGUAAUUGAGAAUCUUGUUAGUCAUGCAUUUUUAAGCUUCCUAAAGGUCAUGAAAUGAGGACAUACUGAUGCUUUUUACCUUGCAUGGAUCAAUAUGAUGAGCCUCCAUAUAGUAUUCUCAUGUUACUAGUUAAAUAUAUAAUGUGAAGAAUUGCUUCCCACCAUGCUGUCAAUGACUGCACCCCCCCUUCAUAUCCUGUCAACAUUCAACCACUCGAAGCGUCAGCAUCACCACAGAUGAACCUCAGUGGAUACGCACUGUCACCACCAUGCCACACAGCUGGUCACAUUCCUGCAAAUUUAUUUUUCUCUGACAGAAAUCACUUUUCUCUGCUCUGAGAUCAGCUUUCUGGUGCUAAAGUCAGUGUAAAAAAAAAAAAAAAAA